AUGCAAAUGACUGCAAGUGUCCAGGGCGGCUAUAAAACCUUGGCUGCAGGCGAGAGCUGCCACAGCACUCUUCCCUGUGACAUUUGGUGCGUUUACAGGUCACCGAGCAGCACUGUGAACAUGGUGAAAUACUUUUCCGUGGACUGGCUGGCACAGAGCCACCACAGCAGGGCAGCGAAGGAGGAGCAAAGAGCUGCCCUGACGCACAGACCUCAUAUUCCCUGCAUGGUUCAGCCGAGCGCACCGGUUUUUGGCAAAGGUUAUCUGCAGCCAAAACCCAAGUCGUCAAAGGCCGCAAAGCCUGGUGAGCCAGAGGAGGUCAGGGAACAUCAGAACUCAAACGUGGGAUCACCAUUACAUCCAGCAGGCUGCCUUUCUCCAAAUUCAGAAGUGAGCGGGUAUUCAUCUGGAUAUGAGAGCGAAGCUGCAUCCUCCGAGUGGCCCUCCGUGGAUGAAGGGAACGAGGCGGAGAAAGACGCGCCGCAGCGCCGAGUGCGCACAAAGUUCACACCGGAGCAGAUCAGCAAACUGGAGAAGAUAUUCAGCAAACACAAAUACCUGGAUGCAGGGGAAAGGGUGAAGACGGCAAAGAAGCUGAACCUCACAGAAACUCAGGUUAGGACGUGGUUCCAGAACCGGCGGAUGAAGCUGAAACGGGAGGUCCAGGACUAUCUCGCUCCUCAAAUCCCAGCGGUGACCUUUGCGCCUCUGCAUCCUGUUCAGUAUCACCCCAUGGCAGCGCAGCGGGCUCACUAUACCGCACCCAGCCGGAGUGUUUACCCGCUUCCAGUCCCGCAUCUGGUUCUGCCGCAACAGAUGAAUCUCCACCCGGCGCCUCAGCUGGCGAUCCAGCACCCCCAUUUUUACUUAAAAUAA